AUGGGAAAUAGGUCUUUAACGGAAGCAGACCACGCACUGUUGUUCGAGCCAUCGCUGCCGACAGCCGAGGACCCUACACAAACGCAGCAUCGUCUUCAUCCUUUCGUGGAUGGCAAUGGAUCAGGGUUGAAGGCUUCACCGCAAGGUCAGUUUGGUGAUAAGGCGUUGACCAGCACCCACCGGUUCAUUCCCUCGGCAAACGAGGACUCCUCGCCGCGUGAUAUGGGCCUUGAUCCCUCCAUGAGGCGUAGAAGAGACGAGUGGGCAGACCGUGGUGCGGCCAAGAUCAUCAAAGAAGUUGUUGACCCUACAACGGGAGAGUUGACCAAACAUGUGGUGAAGAUGGGGAUAAAGGACUUCAAGUUCGGAGAGCAACUGGGCGAUGGCUCGUACUCUAGUGUCGUUUUGGCAACCGCCCGCGAUUCGGGGAAGAAGUACGCAGUCAAAGUGUUGAGUAAAGAGUACCUAAUACGUCAAAAAAAAGUCAAGUACGUCACCGUGGAGAAACUGGCACUGCAGAAGCUGAAUGGCACCAAGGGCAUAAUCAGGCUUUUUUUCACCUUUCAGGACGAGGCAAGCCUGUAUUUUCUUCUAGAAUACGCCCCCCACGGUGAUUUCUUGGCUUUGAUUAAGAAGUACGGGUCGUUAAACGAGCAAUGUGCGCGCUAUUAUGCUUCGCAGAUCAUCGAUGCCGUUGACUCCUUACAUACUAUCGGAAUCAUACACAGGGACAUCAAGCCCGAAAACAUAUUGCUUGAUAAAGACAUGAAAGUGAAGCUAACAGAUUUUGGUACAGCCAAAAUUUUACCGGAGGAACCAUCGGACGACGCGGACGGUAAGCCUUAUUUUGAUUUGAAUGCAAGAUCGAAAUCGUUUGUCGGUACUGCCGAGUAUGUGUCCCCCGAGCUACUAAAUGAUAGCUAUACGGAUUCUCGUUGUGAUAUUUGGGCUUUUGGCUGCAUCCUGUUCCAAAUGGUGGCGGGCAAACCGCCUUUCAAAGCUUCUAACGAGUAUUUGACGUUCCAAAAGGUAAUGAAGGUCCAAUAUGCCUUCACUGCGGGUUUCCCACAAAUAAUCAAGGACUUGGUCAAGAAGCUAUUAGUCAAGGAACCCAAUGACAGACUGACCAUUGAGAAAAUCAAAGCACAUAUAUUUUUCCAGAGCGUCAAUUUCGAUAACGGUUCAGUAUGGGAUGAUGAUCCUCCAGAGAUACAACCAUACAAGAUAAGUGCAGAGGCGCUGAAGCCGCUGCCAAAAGUUCCCGAGCCGGAUGCCACUGCCAAGCUGGCCAACCUCCAACUCGCAUAUAACAGCCACGCGGAAACUACACCACAGACGUCAGCCGCGACUUGUCAAGAUCGUUCUGCGAUCAGUAUGACCGCUGCAACGGCCGCGUUUAAUAAAGACUACACGGGCCAACUGAAGUCUGGGUAUAAUUCCAAUGCAUUUGUUAGAUCUUCGUCCAGUAGCACGGAUCGUGAAAAGGCCCAAAAGAAAACCACAAAUAUCCAUGCAUCUCGAUCGUCUCCUUCGAUUACCAGUGUCUCCAAAGGGAAAGAGCCCAGAAGUCGGUCCGCUGAUAACUUUUGGUCGUCCUACUUGAAAAAUCUCGACGAACACGUUUUGUUGGUGAAGGAUAUUGAGCUUUCUGUAGAAGCCACGGAAAGCUCAGCGGUUGAUCUUGAGACGCUUGCUCCAGACUACAAGAGCCCCUGCGAUAUCGAUUCUCCUACAGAAAGCGCCGACAAAUUCUACAAGAGGAUACUGGUGAUAACGAAUUUGGGUAGAGGACUUAUUUUUGCUAAGAAAAGCCCCAAGAUGCGAAAAGAGCGUGAGUUCGAGCUACAGUUUGAAUUGAAAUUAAACCAAGUGGAAAAAAUAAACCUAAUAAAUGACCAAAUGUUACAAAUCGAGGGUCCAAAGACAGUUUUCAUGGCGUGUAAAGACAGGGCAGUUUUGAUAGAGGUAUGGAAACUGAUGAAGAGUGAGAUUUGUGCAAAGCCCAAAGUGGCGUCCUCGAAACUGGAGCAUAAGAUGUUUGAUAAAUUCAUUUCUCAAAAAGUCAAAAAGACAAAAGGGAAAAACCAGGUUCCUCAUGUACCUGAAUCGAGCAGGUUAGUCAACGGUCUUCCUGGCAGUUGUAUGACGAAGGCUCCCGAGGGAGGAGGCAGCAACUUGAAGCGGCCCGCUUCGUUGCAGACGCGAUCAUCGUCCAAUUAUUCCAAAUUGCUUGCAAGAUCAACGGAAAUGCGGAAGAACAUGACACGAACAAACGAAAAGUAA